ACUUGCUCUCAUCGUGCUCAUGUGUAAGAAAAAAAAUAUAAUUCUUUAGCUGUAGUUUUUUGAGUAAAAACGUCACUACUGUGAAUAUUUUGAUAUAAUAGUAUAAUUUGAAGUGCUACAUAAAGAUAUUUUGUACUUUUACAGUUUUCCUGUUUUAUCAGAAAAUAAUCUAUGGAGAAGAACUGGAAAUGAACGUCAAACCAGGAGACAACAUCACUCUCUUUUGUGAUCGCUCUGUAACUUUUGGUUCCAGCAUUGUAUGGAUAAGAAACUGCUCUCAUGAAAAUCAACCCUCUCUUAUAAUAGAUUUUAGGAAACUGGAUGAGGAGAUAUUUCAGCGAUUCAGCUUUAUCCACAAUCUCUAUAAUAAUUCUUACGAUCUACAUAUUACUAACAUCAGUGUCUCUGAUCUGGGACUGUACUACUGUGCAAAACUACAGAUGAAGGUAAAUGAAGAUGGAAAAGGCAUCCUCUCCCAAUCUGAGGUGUACUAUUAUGGAAACCAAACAACUCGUCUUUCUCUGAAAGUGAAUUCCUGUUCUGGACCCCUGAACACCACCUCCACACCACCUCCUGUAUCAGACUGUCUGCUCUGCUGGACGCUGCUGUUCAGUGUGUGUCCAGUGUGUUGUCUCUUCUCCUCCAUCUGUGUAUUCUGCCUCUGUUGUAGGAAAACUACAGAUUCUGCAACUGAUCAAAAACUCAAGCAGAAAGGUAGAAAUAUUAUUGAGGAAAAUUAUGAUACCGAGGUGUGUUAUGCAUCUGUGGACUUGAUGACCAGGAGACAAAACCGACACAAGAAAACACAAGCGCCAAGUUCAGAUUUCACUACUUACGCUCCUAUCCGAACAGAAGCUGAAUAGAUUAGAAAGCUGGAGGAGGUAUUAUCAUUGAAAUAUUAUUUUAAUGGCAUGUUUGUUGGUUAAAAUGUGUGUCUAUGAUUAAAUCAUAGAUGAAAAAUAUGAAACAAGAAUUCUUCUUCUUCUUUAUAAGCAGUUCUUCUUCUUUAUAAGUAUUGACAGAUAAAAAUAUUUUCUUUCAGUAAAAGUGUUUUAGUAUGUUUCCCUACAGUCUUUGUGGACACACAGUGAUGAGUAACAGGAUGUGGAAGUGGGUUUCCUGUUUUAUGUAGCGUUUAGUUUAAAGGGGUCACAAACUGCCUUUGUUUUUUAAAUUUUGUACUGUUCUCUGAGGUCCAAUUAUUAUGUUUUCAAGAUUUUUAUAUUAAAAACAUUAUUUAGAAGUAACACGCUAUUUUCUGUCCUGUUUUUAUCCCCCUCAUCAGAAUGCUCUGUUUGAAUAGUCAUGGCGGAUUGUAGAGUCGGAAGUAAACGCCCACUGAUACGAUUGACUAAUAGUUGUGUAUGUUAGAGAACGUACAUUCCUUAUAGAUGGACACUGGUGUGAUUUAGAUCAAAACACAUAAAAAAUGCACUUGGCACUGCACAGCAUCUUGUUGUAUUUAGAGCCAUCUUUAUCAUUCAGUUUCUGCGUGGACCUGUGUUGAUCUUCAGGCGUUGAUCUUCUUCUGUGGAGGCGGGGUUUAGCCACACUAUUACAUCAUAGAGUAGAACAUUCCAAAAGCUGUCGUUUUGGCAGACUACCUUUAAUAUAAGCUGUCUUUAGACUAACCAGAAAGUUUUGAGUUCUGAAACUUACAGGAUUUUUAUAGUAUAAUGACCUCUUAUAUGUCAAAAGAUCAAGGGAAUUUGGUUUCUCAGUUCAUAACCCCUUUAAGCUGUGUAUAGUUCUCUUCAACUGGAUGACCGCAACAUUUAUCUGACUCAUUUUUUUUCAAUAAGCCUCAUCAAAUUUUCCUAAAUCACACCUUUUUCCAUCCCAUUAUAGUAAUGUAUUAGAAAUUGUAAAGGAAACUAGAAAACCUAUGCCCAUUUUACAUUUAAAAUGAAAUGAGGUAGAAAUUAUUAGACAUUAUUUUAAGUUUUUCUUUUGAA